AAUGGUGGAUUUUAAAGGAAUCCUUUUCAUGUAUUUAUUGUAGCAUUCAUCCAUGUGAACCAGCUGGAGCGAUUGCCUCUUCAGCUGACGACAUGGCGAAGUGGUUAUCUUGGCAUCUGCGAGGAGGGGUAACUUCAGAUGGCAACAUCAUUAUCAACGGGACAACACUUGCAGACAUGUACAAGCCACAUGUCAUCUUGUCUGCAGAGACUUUAAACACUCAUUAUGUCUUCAAGCCACAGUUUCCACAUACCUACCUGACCUUUGGCUACGGCUAUGCUUGGACAACCUCUUCCUACAAGGGUUACUCGGUGGUUGGACAUGGAGGAAAAAUUCACAGUUACGCUUCCUACUUGCAUUUGUUAAGAGACCUUGACCUUGGUAUCUUCAUCAGCAACAAUGGUCCAGGUAAUCAGAACGCAUGGUUCACUUUAUACGAGAUCUUCUUCUACAUUGUGGACCUUUUACUACAAGAAAUGCCAUGGGUAAAUACUGCAAAUGCCUGUCAAUAUCCUGCACCAUGGCUGAAAACUAACAGGUCAGACACCUCCAAAUGAUGAAGUUAUUGUCCAUGGGUGCAUUAAAAACCCUAAAGAUUUCUUGGGAGUUUACAGGAACAGAUUAUUUGGAGAUAUUGUCAUAACUCAAAAUCAAAGCAGUGAAAUGUUUGUGGAAUAUGGCCAUAUAAAAGGCAAACUUCAUAAAACAAAUGACCGCCAUGUUCUGAUGAUGGAAUUCUAUGGUUCCUUGGAGUUUUUAUCAGAUUUAGGAAUGAGGUAUCUAAACAUGACCUUCACAAAGGCAGAUGAGAGUGGAAAGUACCAUGAACUUCUGCUCAGGUACCCUACACCACUUCCACCAGAUACUUCAAUUUAUUCACGAAUAGCAGAUUGUUUUGUUGUUUCAGCUUAGUGCACCAAUGGUAGUUCAGAAACAUCUUCUUAUUUACUUCUGGUUUGAUGGUUCAUUGUGUUUUGAUACAAAUCCUUGUAAUCAGAAGU